GUGUGCAGAGGGAGUUGGAAAAGUGUCAUCCCAAAAAACCAGAGCACUUGUUAGGCAAACACAGCUUCUAGACAAGUAUUCUUGUCCCCUUGCACUGAGAUGGUCCAUCCCAAAGCUCACCUAGAUUAGAAAAUCAGUUUCUCUAUUGUUUACCAUUACUGUGAAAAACCACAUCUUGCCUGUUUAUCCUGACUGCCUCUCACGCUGGAGGACCCUGAGCACGGGCAGUUGUUGGAACAGAAGAUGCAGUCUGGGAUAGCCAGCCCUGCUAAAACAAGUCCCUGGGACCAGAUCCACUGGGAUCAGGGUUUUGUCCUCUCCCCGCAUGGAAGUGCUUCUCCCAUCCCCAGAUGUGGAACUCCAAGAAAGGCCCCAAGAGAUGGAGUCAAAUUUCGUCAUUGAACAGGGGCCCUGAGUGAGGCAGAAAGUCCUCCAAGAUCACAGAGCAAAUCAGCACCGGCCAGACCCAGGCUCCUGAAUCUGGGAAUUUCUCCUUGCACGUUAGAUGUGUUCUCAUCUCUUCCCUCAUGAUUUUCAUCUCUGCAUUUUUACUCUGUAUGUUGAGAUUCCAGUUGGGUUUGACACAGAGCGUUUUUAAGCAGAUGAAGAAACUGAGACCCAAAGAGAGACAGUAACUUGUCCAGGGCUACGUCCAACAUGCAGACUCCUGCCAUGAUGUCUCUGCUGCUUGUGUGCCUGGGCCUCAUGGAAGCUCAUCAGGCCCAAAGCCACCCCCUCACUCGACGAGAGCUCUUCUCUCAAGAAGUGCCCCUGGACAUGGCCCCAGCCUCCUUUGAUGACCAGUAUGACGGCUGUGCAGCAGCCAUGACAGCCGCUCUUCCAGAUCUCAACCAAACCGAGUUCCAGGCCAACAAAGUGUAUGCUGACAGCUGGGCGCUGGCAAGCAGCCAAUGGCAGGAACGCCAGGCCUGGGGGCCAGAGUGGGGCCCCAGGCCUACCGAGCUGCCCCCGCCGCCCCCUGGCUUCCGCGAUGAGCAUGGGGUGGCCCUCCUGGCCUAUACCGCCAACAACCCCCUGCACAAGCAGUUCAACGCUGCUGUGCGCGAGGCAGGCCGCUCCAGAGCCUACUACCUCCACCACUUCUCCUUCAAGACACUCCAUUUCCUGCUGACCGAGGCCCUACAGCUGCUGGGCAGGGGCCAGCGUUCGCCCCAGUGCCGCCAGGUGUUCCGAGGGGUGCACGGCCUGCGCUUCCGGCCGGCGGGGCCCGGGGCCACCGUAAGGCUGGGGGGGUUUGCCUCCGCAUCCCUGCAGAAUGUUGCAGCCCAGCAGUUUGGGGAGGACACCUUCUUUGGCAUCUGGACUUGCCUCGGGGCACCUAUCAAGGGCUACUCCUUCUUCCCUGGGGAGGAGGAGGUGCUGAUCCCCCCCUUCGAGACGUUCCAGGUGAUCAAUGCCAGCAGACCGGCGCAGGGCCCCGCCCGCAUCUACCUCCGGGCCCUGGGCAAGCGCAGCACGUACAACUGCGAGUACAUUAAAGACAAGCAGUGCAAGUCUAGGCCCUGCCGUCUAGGUAACUCAGCCAUGGGUCAAGGCUCUGCUUCUGCAGUCUGGUCCCUCCUACUGCCGCUCUGGGUCCUUGUCGGGGGAACCUUUCCACGACCCAUCCAACACUGAACGACAGCCCGCCUGCCCAACAUGCUGCCUCAACCCGACAUGGGGAUGGCGGCCUCGUGUGUGCUCUAAGAGCAGCCAGGAGCCAUGGUGACUCCUUCUGCAGGGAAAUCUGGGACUUUCUCUGGCAGCUGCCAGGUUUGCUGAUGGAGAAUUAAGUGAGUCUGGGGACUGAGCCUUACCCAAGGCUCUAAAAGUGAGACACUGAAGGGGGUGGGGGUCUCUAGGGCAGGCAACAACUCACUUGGACUGAAGAUUAAACUAGUUUGCGGGGGGUACUGGGGAGGAAAGCACUUGGCCACGGUAUUUGCUGUUAUUCAAAUGCCUCAUAUGUGCACCUGGAAAGCUCCUAUUCACUCUUACAGGAAGCCUUCUCUGACCUCUCCCACCUGGCUGGGUUAGGGGCCCUGCCUCUUUGUUCCCACAGGUCCCUGGGUGCUUCCCUACACCACGUGUCAGUGUUUGUCUCCCAUGUCAGACUGUGAACUUCCUGAGGGCAGGGACGGGGUCUAAAGCACAGAGGUGGUCCCAGACAACAUGUGGAAGUCAGAAAGGAACAAACACCUUGUGAAUGGCUCAUCUCUGCACUGCCCCACCUUGGACACUUUCAAGCUCUCUGAAUGUCAGCGUGUGGGAAUGAUGUGGACUGGCUCCAGCUCCAGAGGGUAGAGAUCAGGAGACACAGCAGAGACAGCAUUAGGGCCUCUGCCAGGGUCUCAACUGA